UCUCUCCCCAUAUUUGCUGGAUCAUCGGUACUUCUUGUUCUUUUUGCCUUCAAAUCGCUAUUCAUUCUCAGGAUUAUUAUGUCUUUCUUUAUCUCUAACAAUAAGAUAAUAUCAUGAAACUCAAGACUCCCGAGGAAGACAACAUUCAUUUCCCCUCUCCAUCUGAUUCUCAGCUUAUGGAACUGGAACACAUCCGUAUCUCGAAACCCUACGAUGAAGAAACCGAGUCAUCACCAGAAACAGAGGAGCCCAAUCCUCUUUCUUGCGCGUUUACGAGGCAAGAACAUUGCGUUUCCGAGUCAAGAGAACGCCAAGAAUCCAUAACAAGACUAAGCAGCCUCAUCUUUAUUUAUCUGAUCGUUAUGUCGGUACAGAUCGUUGGAGGUUACAAGGCUAACAGCCUCGCUGUGAUGACAGACGCUGCUCAUUUGCUGUCCGACGUGGCGGGUCUCUGCGUCUCUCUUUUGGCGAUCAAGGUCUCAAGCUGGGAAGCGAGUCCGAGAAACUCUUUUGGGUUUAAACGUCUUGAAGUGUUAGCUGCUUUCUUGUCUGUUCAGCUUAUAUGGCUUGUCUCUGGAGUUAUAAUAUAUGAAGCCAUUCAAAGACUUCUUAGUAGAAGCAGAGAGGUUGAUGGUGAAAUCAUGUUUGGGAUCUCGGCUUUCGGGUUUUUCAUGAACUUGGUUAUGGUUAUUUGGUUAGGACAUAACCAUAGCCACCACCACCACCACCACCACAAUCAUCAUAAUCAUAAUCAUCAGCAUUCUCACAAGGAGGAGGAAGAUGAGGAGAUGGAUCCAUUAAAAGGUGGUUCCGAGGAGAAACCGUCGUCGUCGUCGAAGGAGAUGAAUAUUAACAUACAAGGAGCUUAUCUACACGCAAUGGCGGAUAUGAUUCAGUCACUUGGUGUUAUGAUCGGUGGAGGGAUAAUUUGGGUGAAACCAAAAUGGGUUUUGGUUGAUUUGAUAUGCACUCUUGUUUUCUCUUCCUUUGCUCUUGCCGCGACUAUACCAAUGCUCAAAAACAUAUUUGGUAUAUUAAUGGAGCGUGCACCACGCGAUGUAGACAUAGAGAAGCUCGAGAGAGGGCUGAGGCGUAUCAACGGAGUUAAAGUUGUUCAUGAUCUUCAUGUUUGGGAGAUAACAGUUGGGAGGAUUGUAUUGUCAUGCCAUGUCUUGCCCGAACCGGGAGCUAGCUCUUUAGAGAUUAUUACUAAUGUUAGGAAUUUCUGUAGGAAAACUUGUGGGAUUCAUCAUGUAACAGUUCAGGUUGAAUAGCAAAUGAGAGUAAAUAUACAUAUGAAAAAUCACUUAGUAAUCUCAAAACCUUCCUCAUUCAGACAAGUUUUUAAAAGAAACUCUUACACUGUUACACAACACAAGAGGUUUUAUUAUUUAUUGAACUUAUUUAUUGAACUGAUUUGAGUUUGAGGCUAUCCAUGCGAGCUUUUAUGUAGUUGAGAUGUUCAUCUUCAGGAGGGAUACAUUUCUUGAUGACAUCAACGUCCAAAAGAUUCUCCACCCAUCUAUGAAUCUCUGGGAACAUCUCCACAGGAACAACCUUGACUCCAACGACCUCUUCAGUUCUCAUCAGCCAAAACGCCACCAAAGUUGCAACUAUGUCCACGAACCCUAACCUUUCCCCACCAAGAAAGUUUUUACCAACAAGCUCUUUCUCCAACAGCUUCAAUAAAUCUCUAGUCGCUUCCACCGCCACGUCUCUUUCCUCUCCCACCUUCCCCACCACUUUCAUAGCCGUCACAUAAAUCUAGUAUUCUCAAAUAACCGGUUAGAAACUAAACCGGGUAUUAAUAUUGAAAGUUUUGAAGUCAAACUCAUACCUGUUCAUCGACGAACCUGGCCCAAAACCGAGCCAUGGCUCUGUGGUAUGGAUCUUGAGGGAGGAUGGGAUUGUUUUGCCAUGUAUCAUCGAUGUACUCAAGGAUCACGAGUGAUUCAGAGAUUGGUUUACCGUUAUGGAGAAGAACCGGAAUCAUCUUGUGAACCGGGUUUGAUUGGAGUAGCAAAGGGCUCUUGUUGGCUAUGUCUUGCUCAGAGAACUCGUAUGGUACACCUUUGAGGGUGAGAGCUAUCUCGACCCGGCGGCUGAAAGGACUAGCCCACAUCCCCAGUAGCUUCACUUCCUCUGAUCUCUCCGCCAUUGUUUCUCAGUGUAGCUUGUUUCUUGAUUUCUGAGUUUG